AUGAGUCAGUUUUGAAUGUCAAUCUUCUUCUCUAUCUUCUUCUCAAACUGAAGCAUUCUGAAUCAUCAAAAUGUCCAAUUUUUGUAUUGUACAGUAUGUUUUCUCUUCUUUCUCCGCGGUAUCACGAGCAAUGUUUGGCAAUAGGGGGCUGUGUCCUCCCCCGUCCCGCUCUCCCUCCUCGCCUCUCCCUCCUGUUCCUUCAAGUACUCUCGGCAGCGCAGCGGUCGCGUCGCGGUCCUACUCGCACGUUACUCGAACAUCCCCUCCCUGUGCGGUUCGGUUCUUUUGCCUAGUGGGAAGUUUUUUAGUCGUGAAGCUGUCACGAAAAUUUCACUUUUCAGAAAACGUUUCAACGAUUUUCCCGGACAGUUUAACUUGAAGUUUCGUCUUUGAGCAAAUUUAGUAGAAUAACAGUGGAAAAUCGUGUUUUUUUCAGGACGACGAUUCCCAACUACACGAAUUUCUCCGUCGACCCAGCUGGUAUUAAGCGUAAAGGGUAUGUGAACGGAAAGUUCGAUAACGCUUUUAGAAAUGUAAAAAUCAUAAAACAGAACAUAAUUCUUCACACGAGAACAGUUGAACAAAUAAAAUAAACAUUUGAGUUUGCUGAUAAGUGGAACAAAAAAGUGUGACUCGUAUUUUGCAGUUCCUCUGUUUAGCCGAACUUCAAUUUCUAUUAAAAAUUGGAAAAUAUACAUUUUCAAUAUACAAAUCCCAAUGAUUUUCAGCCAUCUGUCAACAAUCAACCAUGGCCCUCCUUCGACCUCAUUAUUUUGAACCAGGCAAGUCGUUCUUUAUUUGACACUAAAACAAGUUUUACCAUGACCCCAAUGACAAAAGAUUGUCGGAGACAACGAUUGGGUGUAAAAAUAAGGAAUGUAUAUAUGAUAAUGUAAAAAUUGUAAACGUAACAAGAGUGGUAGUAAUAGCAGUAGUAGUAUUUGUCGGGACUGAACACAUUGUCAAGGUUAGAUUAUCAGUCUUUGGCCAUUUUUCGUCAUUGUACCCGUGUUCUGCCAGUUUUCUAUUGUUCCUUCUGCUGUUUCUUCUCAGUAAUCCAACCAACUCACCGUAAAACAGAAAACAAAAUCUGCUCAAGCUAUUAUGUUUUGUAUAGUAACAUCUAUAUGUGUACAUUAUUUAUUUACAGUCGGCCAAAACAUUAGUGUAGUCUACUCCCUUGAUAAUAUCUAGGUAAUAACAAUAACAACAUGUAAAGUGAGUAGCUAUAUGUACAUUUGUUUGUAUUAUAUAAAUAUAUUUCAUUUGAAAACGGAAGAUUGUGUGUGUGCUCUUUAUUUAUCUCACGGACAGACAUGUAUGGUCUUGAGAAGUGUCUGAUCUAUGAUUUCGUGAAUAAGAGCUUGUUCGCAUUGUCCUACAUUAGCGAUCGAUUUGAAAUCCGCCAAUAAGAUGCACAAACUUAUUCGAAAAAUAAUACAAAAACUUUGCAACUGCUUUUGAGUAACAUAAAUUAUUUCAACUUUCUGCUGAUCCGAAACAUGUAGAGAUCUUGUUCAGUGUCAAAAUCAGCAAUUUGCAAGUUUACCCAUUACACUCUUUAUCUCCUUCGGAUGUGCUGAUCAAUCCAGUUAUAAUCAAAAUACACUUUUCCAUAACUUUGCGUCUAGACCGCUCAAAAAUGUUCAAAAGCAAAGUUUUUGAGAAGAUUUCGGAUAUUUGUAGUUUUUCUAUUUGCGUGUUGUAAUAGUGAUAGUUUCUCCCAGUUACACAAUUGCUGAGAAGAUAGAGAUGGAAACACCUUCUAGGCUGCCAUAAUACUAAACUAUAGUUCAAAAAUGUGUUUUCCUGACAGCCCUCUAUUACGUACGUACAUUAAACGUAUUUGUAGAUAUCUGACUCUUUGAACCUGAAAAACAGAGAUUAUGAUCGAAAUCCCUCAUUUUUGGAGCAAACCAUCAUGAUUUCGACUCAUGUGACUGACUUAUGGCCAUAAUUUUCAGAAACUCAGUUUAGAAUCUUUGAAAUGCGCGAAUGGUAGAGAACAAAGAGGAGAAAGCGAUGAUCAGGAAGAAGACCGUCUGUUGUUGUCAAACAAGUAUUACUAUAAACUUUUUGCACGUCUUCUUCUUCUUCUUCUUUUUUUCUCGUCCUUACUACUUUACCACACGCGCACCUAUUGUCCCGUCGUUUUCUCGUUUACUCUUUACACUCUUUAUCUCCUUCUUCUUCUUCUUCUUCGUCUUUUUGUUUCUCUUUUCAUCGAGAUCGGGUCUUCGCAUGUGUUUGGGGGUGGGGGGUGCCUGUAGUAGACGCGCCUUGCGCGCAACAAUCGUAGACAGACACGGCGACGAAAAGUAAACUCUCGGCUUCACUUUGCCGGGGCGCCGCAAUCUUUUUCGUGCGUGUUGCGUCACCAGAAACUUGUCCUGGUCUCCUGCACAGACGACUGCACCGCACCCCUAUCGUCCUUAUUUCUUCCGGAAAAAAAAGGAGAGGACUCCAAUCGUUCUGUUUUUUUUCUCUGAAAUAUUGCUACUAGACCUACCUAUUCAAACUGGCGAACGAUUACAGUUAUAUGCUGUUUGUUCCCGGUAAAGGGCUUUGUGAGUCUUUUCUUACGAAUUUUAACGCAAAACUUUCAAGUUUUAAAAAAAGGAGAUAGAAUCAGUUUGGUUCGGUUUUUCGCUUUCAUCAUAACGUUAUCGUCUUCCAACACCACUUUCACUACCCCCUAUCCACUUUCGCUUUCAGAAAAAAGAACAGAAAGCGAGUGUUUUUGCGGCUUUCCUUUUGAAAAGUGCACGUGAUCUAGAUUUGUAUUCGUCGCCGUCAUCGCCACCGUAGUCCGCCGCCGUCGGCGUUGGCCUCGAAUUGCAUUUUAAUCGUCCCCUCCCAGACUGCCGCCACCAGCCGCCACUGCAGAACAGACAGAAUUCAAAUAUUCUGGUCGGUUCGGCUUUUCGACAAGCUUCUCGUUUUUUCACUUGUAAAUGUAUAUAGUUCAUUUCUGAAUCUGCACCAAUUUGCACUGUAUCCAAAAAACGUUGAUUGUGACAUACCACAGACAAGGUUCUUUGUCCUCCCCCAUUCCCCCAUCCUCCUACUCCGGUUCUUUUCUAUUGAACGGUUUGAACAAAAGCUGUUAGGGGGUGAAGAGAUCAAUUGUAUUGAAAGUACUUUUGAGACGAGUGGGAGGUGGGGAGGGGCGCAAGAGGUUAAACUUGACUGUAAUGUUUAGCAACUUACUGUACAUUCAUUUGGUAUCUGUUUGUACCAACUGUAGUGUUCUGUGCGUCUCAAAAUUGAAAACAGCAGAAGCAGAACUCUUCUUUUCAAGUCAUAUUUUUAUUCUUGUAUUUCACGUAAAAUAAGUUACAUAUAUCAGCUGACAGUCGGAGGUGUCCAUUUUGCAACCAACUGAUUCAUCUAAAUUUCAGAUGUUGCAGUUUACCGUCUUUUAUGCAAUGAUCAGGCUUUUCUGCACAAUUUUGAAGAUAAAAAUAAGUAUUUUAAGAAAAAAAUCGUUCAUUGGUAGAUUAAAAAACAGAUCAGAGCACAUUGUCGUCAAAAGUCAUGGGCAAACAGAACAGCAGUACGCUAGACUGCUCAUGAAUGUGCACUUUUAAAUAUUUAGUCAGACCAGAAAUCGUCGGCGGUUCUAUCCAUCUAUCUAUGUGCUGCCUGUCUAGGACUAAGCCCAGGACACGCUGAUUUGUUUGAACAACCUUUUCGGUCGCACCCAUGUUUCUCCCCCCCCACCGUCUGAUAUCGUCUUUCGUUUUACGUUGUUCUCUUUCUCUGUCUAUUUGACAAAAGCGCGUCAUGAUAGGCGUAGACUUGCACUUUUGCUCUGGAGGGGGAAUGGGGGGAGAGAAGGGUGCAGUGGAUUUAGUGCCAGAUAAUAUUACGGCGCUACAUUUCCGCGCGCACGCACACUCUCAUCUUUUCAUCAUUUUGAAUUGAAAUUUUUGCGCCUCGCCCCCUGUGUCCUCCCUGUACCCUCACGGCCACCCCACACCCGCUUUCGACCGGUUCUUAAAACGGCGCCGCGCGGCGGCCCCCAUGUCCUCAGUCUCACCGCGUCCGUCUGGCCCCCGCCACCAGUCUGGUCUCUCCUGCUUUCUCACGCUGUGUGUGUGUGUGUGUGUGUGUGUUAGUGUUAGAAUGAAAAGGAAAGUGCAAGAGAAAGAGAAUAAAAGAAAGAGAAAGGCAGGGAGGGGGAGAAUGAGGGAGAGUUUCUGUUCUGCACUCGGUGUGGCCCCGCGGACGGUGACGGAGGCGCUGCUGCGCGUCGGCAGGCGCUUUCGCUCCCCUCCGCGCGCACCCGAGGCGAGCGCAAGCGCUCUGUCUGUCAGCGCUGGCGGAGGGGGACUUUCUUCUUUUCUUGCCCCUCACCCUCACCACAACGCUAUACAACACUGCAGACUGAGACAGGCCAGUGUAGCGCAGCACAACGCAAAACGACGCACUGCCGCCGCAAGCAACAACCCUCCUCGCUUUUCCAUCUUUCCCCAUUCUAUUUCACUUUCCAAACAGUUUCUUGUACGAUUGCACUUUCGUUUCUCUCAUCCUACUCUCUUUGCCCGGGUGGGGUUAAAUCGUUCAAUUUUUCUUGCAGUCCUAGACCUUGUACUAUCCCUCUACCAUUCAGCAUGCACCGUCAGCUCUACAAACAAAAUUUUUUUUUGUUAAUUUUUUUUACUACUAAUUGGAUUUGUUGCACAAAAACAAAAACCGACAAAGACCAAACCUGUAUAGACUCGACCUUUACCGUUCCCUUUGUCUUUCCCGCGCUCUUUCAACAUUUUCAAUUUUGUAUUACGCAUAAAAAUGAGUAAGAACCUUUCACACGCAUACCUCCCGCCUGCCUACCUCCCAUUUUCUGAAGGUCGUUCACUCAAAGCGCAACGCUGCACGACGCGAAGCAAAAGCUUCGAAUGAACGCCUUACCUGAAACACGUUUUUUUGGAGGGCGCCGUGCGUUUCGUUCGUAUCGGCGUCGAUGCCGACGCAAGGUUAGAUUGCACACGUCAGAUGUAAGAACAAAGCACUUUUGUAUGGGAGGCCAUUUGCGCACUUGGCACGAAAAUCUGGUUCCUCGCCCUCUCUCUUUCUUUCUGUCUCUCUGUCUCUCUCUGUCUCUCUCUUUUUCUACGACGCAUUAGAAAGAGAAGCGCGCAAAACUCUCUCCCUGCGUUUAUCUUCGUCUAUCUCGUUCUUCUUGUAUGUCUUCUGUUCUAAACAGGAGUAUGAGAGGCGUCAGGUUUAGAACUGAACACUUUCUGAUGUUAUACCUUCACUUUUUAUACCGUCUCUAUUGUUAAAUUUUCUUUGCUACUCGUGAUUCUCGUAAAGCUGUGUAUUUCAUUCUGAUUUAUAGCUGGAGGGUGUCUGUCCCGAUUGUGCGGAGAGGUGUAUGGCGACGAUGUCAAAUGAUGCCGCUGCAAAUUGGCACACACCUAUGGACACUGACGCCGCACCGAAUGGUGAAGUGGCGGUGAUCCGCCCUCCUCCAGUCUCAACUGAACUAUCAUCAACAAUUGCCGGUCAUCCAGAAGGCACCGGAAAAAUCCAUUCGCCACUAAUUCUGGGCGGACAACAUCAUCAUUCGCAACUGACACGUCCGCCGCCCCCUCCACUCCAGCACUUUCCCCUCCAACAACUCCAACAGCCAGUCGAGCAGGCGUUGUUUGCCGCCGCCGCGCCAUCUGGAUUCAACUGGCCGCCAAUAGAUGCGAACGCGAUUGCUGCGUUAGCUCAGGCGCAGCUUGCGUCAUCCCACGCCCAGUUCGUAUCACUGGCGCUCACACUAGAUCCCACUUUGUUGUCCCAUUUCUUGGCAACACAACAAAUUCCGCCGAUUCCGCAGCCAUUAGUGCACAAUCAAGGUGAUUUGAAAGUCAGAACAAGCUAAAGAGGGAAGGAAAAGGGAGGAAGGGGGGAAGAUGGGGGAGGGGAAGACUAGGAAAACUUGAUUUUAAUCGAACUAUUGUCGCCGCGCCAUCUCUUCGCGCGGAUAUUAUAAGAAGAACGGAGGGAUGAGAAGACAGUAAAACGACGAAUACCUUCGGCGUUGCCGUCAAUGUCAGACCAGGUGGCCUAGAAAAAACACACUUUAUUUGCGUCACUACAGCCUUGCUAGUUACUCAAACACUUACCAAUCUAGAGAAAAAUGUUGUAGCCCAAAAAAUACCAAAAAGCAUAACAAUCAAAAUUAAUAUCAAUUUUUUUCAGCCGAGAUGGAACUACGAGUGGGCAAUCGUUAUCGUCUUGGCCGGAAGAUUGGAAGUGGCUCGUUCGGAGACAUCUACUUGGGUCAAAACGUUCAAACCAGGGAAGAAGUGGCUGUGAAGUUGGAGUGUGUCAAGUCCAAACAUCCUCAACUUCAUAUUGAAUCUCGUCUCUACCGGAUCAUGCUUGGCGGCAUCGGAAUACCAGAGGUCCGUUGGUGCGGUCUGGAAGGAGACUACAAUGUGAUGGUCAUGGAACUGCUCGGCCCAUCGCUUGAGGAUCUUUUCAACUUUUGUCAACGCAAAUUCUCCUUGAAAACGGUUCUUCUUCUCGCUGAUCAAAUGUUGUCGCGUGUGGAGUUUAUCCAUCUUCGUGAUUACAUUCAUCGAGACAUUAAGCCGGAUAAUUUCUUGAUGGGUCUCGGAAAACGCGGAAAUAUGGUCUAUGUAAGUUUGCGCUAAGGGAUUCUCUGUAAAAUAAAGUUUAAUUUUGUAGAUUAUUGAUUUCGGGUUGGCCAAACGUUAUCGUGAUACCAAAGCUUCACAUAUCGGGUACAGAGAAAACAAGAACUUGACUGGAACUGCCAGAUACGCGAGUAUCAACACUCAUCGUGGAAUCGGUGCGUUUAGAACGAAAUUUUUCUACAUGAAAAACGUUUUGAAACAAAGAUGUUGAAAUUACAGCCGCUCUUAAUUUCUCCCGUCGUUGCAGUUUUUGUGAGAAAGUCUAUUCAUUUUUCCGCGGUUUUUUUUUGUGUAUUACAGACUUCAAAUUGUUGCCGCUACGAGAGAAAUAGUAGUUCUGUUAGAAAUAGUAUGAAGGAAGGCUAGUUCGUCUUGAAACGUUGUGGUUUCUAUGUAGUAGCUACAAGAUUAGUUGCAAACGUUCAUUUUUGUUGCAAAAUGCACCCUCGUCCAUCCCUUUCUAAAUACUUCAAUUUUCAGAACAAUCAAGAAGAGACGACAUCGAGUCUCUCGGCUACGUUUUCAUGUACUUCAACCGGGGAACGCUACCAUGGCAAGGAUUGAAGGCAGUCACAAAACGCCAAAAAUACGAGCUAAUCUCCGAGAAAAAGUGUUCAACACGAGUAGAAGAUUUAUGUUCCGGAUAUCCAGAAGCAUUUGCGCAAUAUUUAAAUUAUUGUCGUAGUUUAGGAUUCGAAGAAGCACCUGAUUAUGGUCAUUUACGAAAUUUAUUCCGGACACUUUUUCAUCGUCAAGGAUUUUUAUAUGAUUAUGUAUUUGAUUGGAACACAUACAAGUGAGUACACUUUUUCGCUUUUGCUCAUUAUAAAGUUUUAAUUGAAACUGGAGUGAUACUUAUCAGAAAAGCAGAAGAAGACUCUUCCAGAUUUGAAGUACUGCCAUUUUAACUCAUCCUCUGACAAAAAGGUCAAACAUGCUGUUGUGAUGUGCUUCUUAUUCAUUUCGUUUCCAUUCAUAAUAAUCCAGCUUUUGUCUAUUUAAUUUUUAAUCAAUCUAAAGCUAAUGUUGUGUUUGUGAUGUUUGUCAUAAACUAGAGAGAAACCACGUAGAAACGCUUAUCAGUAACCAAAAUGAGUUGUUAAAAACGGUAUUAAUGGCUGACAUGCUCUGUGUUUAUUUGCAGAUUCCGACGGAAUUGACGAAGAUGAAUAA